GAUGAUUAAGGGAAUGGGAGGCGGGCCUCUUUGUUCAGUGUCACAGGGUUAGCUCAUGUUUGUCCUUGUGACCGUGUCCCGGGGCGGCCGCAGUGUAGAGCUGAUCAGUGCGGAUCUACGGGGGAGAGACAGACCAUCACCAUGUCUGGAACUGAGAGCGUCCAGCUGAACUUCCCACACUACAGCUCUGUGCUCCUGGAUACACUGAACAAGCAGCGAUUGGACGGAAAGUUCUGCGAUCUCUCUGUCCAGGUCCAAGAUCGUGUCUUCCAAGCUCACAAAACCAUCUUGGCCGCCUCCUCUCCUUACUUCCACGACAAGCUGCUUUUGAAUGACACCAACUGUCUGGUGUUGCCCAGUGUCAUUCAGCCCGAUACUUUUGAGAACCUUUUGCAACUUAUUUACUCUGGGAGACUUUGCCUCGAAUUGGAAGCAUUACCCUCGCAUCUCCUAGUAGCCAGUGGUCUACAGAUGUGGCAAGUGGUAGACCGAUGUUCUGAGAUUCUUAAAGAGCGGCAAGCAUGUGUCCCACAGACCUGGUCGAGUCGUGCCAGUGAAAGCCAGUCACCGAGCAGCAGCUACCAGUUACCACGAGAUGACCCGCCACCACCACCAGCAGUUCCAACGGUCACGUUGGCUUGUUCAGAUGAAGAAGAGGUGAUCAAAGUUCGAGUUUCAGAGGAAGAGGAGGAAGAGGAAGAAGAGGAGGAUGAUUUAAAAAGUGGUGCAAAUGUCCUGGACGACUCUGUAGUCACCAAUUGCUCUUAUGCUCUCCCGUCUUCCUCUUCGUCACCUGACACCCCCAAAGUCAUCUACAUCAAGCAAGAGCGCACUGACGAGGACGGAGGUUAUAUGAAGGCCUUUGAGAUCACUGAGGUGCAGGCUGAGUAUCCGUCAGAGCUGAGCUAUGUCGUCCCUCCAGUAUCAUCGCCAUCGUCUUCCGAUGUGUCUCUCUGCAUCCCUCGGAAACUCUACAGUAGCUCAGAACCAACUUCCUUCACUAUUUCCAAACCUGUGGACCUUCAUGGAAAUGAGAUUGUAACCCAAGCUCUUCAGGCUCAAUCGGUUCAUGCUCCUGUUAAGCUUAUAGCUACUCCAGAUGGGAAAAAGUUUGGCUGCUUGUGUGGGAAGCGAUUUGCAGUAAAGCCUAAACGUGACCGCCAUAUCAUGCUGACCUUCAGCCUCCGCCCGUUCGGCUGCUCUGUCUGCCACAAGAAGUUCAAACUGAAGCAUCAUCUAACAGAACAUAUGAAAACGCACGGCGGCAGCUUGUUCUCUUGUGAAGACUGUGGCCGUAAAUUCAGGGUGGAAAGUUGCUAUCAAAAGCAUAAGGAAGUUUGCAAAGGACAGAGGUGGGCAGGGGCCUGCUGGACUUACAAAUUCUCAAACCCUAUGACCGAAGGGGAAAAAACAGAGGCCAUCUGUUCUACAGAUUAUUAGCUAAGUUUUCUGGAUGUCCCCAGAAUGAAUACGUCCCCAUAACCAGGAGAGUAGUCCUAGAUCUGUACUAUUGUAGCCUGGAGACUGCAAUUAGAGCUGCCAUGUAUUGAGUGCUGCCCUCUUCUGGACUGUGCUUGCUGGAGGUCUAUACGAAUGUUGGUUUUAUUGUGGUAUAUUAUGAUAUAUCAGCGUCACAUCACUUUUUUUUCUUUUUUUUUUAUAUAAACAAAAAGUCUUUAUACUGUUUUACAUGGGACCUCUGAGGUGCAGAUCUGUUUUUUUGUAUUGGUGUCCUGAAACUUGUGGACCCACAGACGACCCAUAAUCGGAGGCUGUGUGCGUUACCGGAUUAGUCAGUCUUCUGACACUGUCAUAGACAAAAAAUGAUGAGUUCCCGCAAAUGAUGCCCCAAACAUUUUACGGAACCCAUGUACAUCCUGCAUCAGCAUUUAGGCGGCAAGUUCGACUUUAGGUCUUUGUGUAAAUAUACACCUGUAACCCUCAUGUAUGUCAUUACGUGUCUUCAUAUACAGGAGUAGAAAAUGUGUUCCACUGCAAUAAUAUACAGGUAUAAGCCCAUACUGUGUCAUCUCGAUGGAGAGGUGGCAUCACCUGUAAUCUUAGGGGUUGGGGGGCUUAGGAGCCUGAGGUAGUAUUGAGGGGGACUACGGACAUUUACAUCCAGAAACGGCUCGGAAGCAAAGUCCAGUCACCAUCAACAGUGACACCAGAGGUGCGGUCGUACGGCAAAUACAUUAAGUGUUCUUUCUAAAAAAAAUUAUCCUGAAAGGUCUCUGCCUUUAUACCCAAGGAUGGAGCACAACUUCCAUAUCGUGACGCUCUUUAUCGGCCCAUAUGACAGGGCCAUUAGCCAGAGAGCAACUUCAAGGAAGGUCCCAUCAAUACGGUGGAAAUGUGCCUGGAUCCUCUAUCCACUUAAUGGGACAUGGUAGCGGGCAUCAGCCCUGGUGUCAGUCUAGGCAGGAGAGACCGGGCAGUAUCACUUGCAACCUAUCAGUCAUUUCAUAAUUCAUUCUCCCUUAAUAUUAUAUUUGGGUUUAAAGAGGUUUUAAUGGGGCCCUACUUCUGGGCACCAAGUACCUGAUGUGGAUAGAUGUUUGGCCCCGUGUGUCCAAUUACUCGCACGUGAGGGCCAACUAUGAUGUCCUAUUCAUUUCUACAUUGGUUGUAGUAGCUAACGUGGUGAUGGUACUGGUUAUUAUUACCAUCAGGGGUACAGGGUGUCAACCCAGUACAGAAGUUCUGUUUGAUACAUGCGCUGUGUCUCAUCACUUUAGAUACAUGAGAUACCUUUCCAGUACAAGAUAACAGACUGUGGAUGGAACGGCUGACAUUAUACCUGAGGUCAACGCGAGGGGACGUUUAGGGGUAUCUGCUGUCUCUGGAGGAAAGAAGAUUUCAUCAUCAUAAUAGGAGAGAUUCAUUUUCCUUACGAAAGUCCAGUGUUAGGAUCCAUUUUAAAAUGUAUGAGAGAAAUCGGACGCGUGAGUUCGGCCUUAUCCUGUGGGGUCUUCUCCGGUCUUCAUCAACAGUAGUCAUUUUGUAGUUGUUCAUCUACAUUGUAGAGAUAAUUGGGGAAACCUCGUGAUUAAAGGGGUUCUGCACUUAGUUUAAACUGAUGAUCUAUCUUCUGGAUAGAUCAUCAGCAUCUGAUCGGCGGGGGUCCGACACCCAGGACCUCCGCCGAUCAGCUGUUUGAGAAGGCA